GGAUUUCGUACACUCGUACGCGACAGCCGAAGUUCACUGUACUCGUGUAUCGCAGCUCGUCAUAUCGAACUUCGUUCUUAAGCUGGAACAAAACCGAAAUUGCACUUAGUUGGUAAGAAGCAUUCUGCGGCCACGGGCGGCAAAGCGGAAAAAUCGGGAAGAACUGGAAGGGCCGAGUGGAAAAGUCCCCAAGAGCAGGACCCCAAGUAUAUGUAGAAACCGAAGAAACGCGAGUGCGGAAAAGCGUUGCAGUGGAAAUUGCGGACAGGCGGAAACCGCGUUUCGCUUACAUUGUCCAGCCGUAGUAUCGGCAUCUCGAGUGCGUGAAUAUUUGAACGAGCAUUUCAGCAACGCUGCAAAAUCAAUUCUCGAGUGAGCCUUUAAAAACAGCAAAUUGAAACCGAAAUAGAGAGAAAAAACGCACAACCGCAGUAACAAAAACCGAAAUGUGUCUCGGGAUAAUCGUCAGCCAAAUUGCAUUUCCAUUGCGACAUUAAAAUGCAAUUUGGGCGGGUCGCCGACUCCAGUUAUUGUCAAACUGUUGCCUCUUUAGCGGAUUAAUAUUUCUGUAAAUACCACCCAAAGAGCUGAACGAAAUAACGAAAUAAAAAAAAACGCACAAGAAAAACAGGCGGAAAAACGGAAAAUUCAUCAGCAACAGCACAGUCAAACAUGUCGACCAUAAAGCUGCUCAUUAUCGGUCAACUUUGGCUCUCGAUUGGCCUGAUCUCCGGGGACGAUUCACUGGACACGCGUGAGGGCGUCGAUCUGGUGCUCAAGUGCCGCUUCACCGAGCAUUACGACUCGACCGACUUCACCUUCUACUGGGCGCGAUGGACCUGCUGCCCCACAUUGUUCGAGAACGUGGCCAUUGGCGAUGUGCAGCUCAACUCGAAUUAUCGCUUGGACUUCCGACCGAGUCGCGGAAUUUACGAUUUGCAAAUCAAAAACACAUCCUAUAAUCGGGAUAAUGGACGCUUUGAGUGCCGCAUCAAGGCGAAGGGAACGGGCGCGGAUGUCCAUCAGGAGUUCUACAAUCUGACCGUGCUGACGGCUCCACAUCCGCCGAUGGUCACUCCCGGCAACUUGGCCGUGGCCACCGAGGAGAAGCCAUUGGAGUUGACCUGCAGCAGUAUUGGUGGCUCGCCAGAUCCAAUGAUAACCUGGUACCGAGAGGGCAGCACCGUGCCACUGCAGUCGUAUGCUCUGAAGGGCGGAUCGAAGAACCACUAUACCAACGCCACACUCCAAAUUGUUCCCCGACGGGCCGACGAUGGCGCCAAGUACAAAUGCGUCGUCUGGAAUCGUGCCAUGCCCGAGGGUCAUAUGCUGGAGACCAGCGUCACGCUGAAUGUCAACUACUAUCCCCGAGUGGAGGUCGGACCACAAAAUCCUUUGAAAGUAGAACGGGAUCAUGUGGCGAAACUGGACUGCAGAGUGGAUGCCAAACCGAUGGUUAGCAACGUGCGAUGGUCCCGAAAUGGUCAAUAUGUGAGUGCCACGCCCACCCACACGAUAUAUAGAGUAAAUCGCCAUCAUGCCGGGAAGUACACCUGCAGUGCGGAUAACGGCUUGGGCAAAACGGGCGAAAAAGAUAUAGUCUUGGAUGUUCUAUAUCCGCCGAUUGUGUUUAUCGAAUCGAAAACCCACGAGGCGGAGGAAGGUGAAACGGUUUUGAUUCGUUGCAAUGUCACCGCAAAUCCAGCGCCCAUCAAUGUCGAAUGGCUAAAAGAGGGAGCUCCGGAUUUCCGAUACACUGGCGAGCUCUUAACCCUCGGUUCAGUGAGGGCUGAGCAUGCCGGAAACUAUAUCUGCAGAUCGGUGAACAUAAUGCAGCCGUUCAGUUCGAAACGAGUAGAGGGUGUGGGCAAUUCCACGGUGGCUCUAUUGGUUCGACAUCGGCCGGGACAGGCUUAUAUAACCCCGAAUAAGCCAGUCGUUCAUGUGGGCAACGGUGUGACUCUGACCUGUUCGGCGAAUCCGCCAGGAUGGCCUGUUCCCCAGUACCGAUGGUUCCGAGAUAUGGAUGGUGACAUCGGAAAUACACAGAAAAUUCUAUCUCAAGGUCCCCAAUACUCUAUACCGAAGGCUCACUUGGGAAGCGAGGGCAAGUACCACUGUCAUGCGGUCAACGAGUUGGGAAUUGGUAAAAUAGCCACCAUAAUCUUGGAAGUACAUCAGCCACCUCAGUUUCUGGCCAAACUACAGCAGCAUAUGACUCGUCGGGUGGGCGAUGUGGACUAUGCAGUCACCUGCAGUGCCAAGGGAAAGCCCACACCGCAAAUUCGAUGGAUCAAAGAUGGUACCGAGAUUCUGCCCACUCGCAAGAUGUUUGAUAUAAGAACUACACCCACGGAUGCCGGCGGCGGAGUGGUGGCGGUGCAAAGUAUCCUGAGAUUCAGGGGUAAGGCCAGACCCAAUGGAAACCAACUACUUCCGAACGAUAGAGGUCUGUAUACUUGCCUUUAUGAAAACGACGUGAAUUCGGCCAACUCUUCAAUGCAUCUGAGGAUCGAGCAUGAACCGAUAGUCAUUCAUCAGUACAACAAAGUGGCCUACGAUCUUCGAGAAUCCGCUGAGGUUGUCUGCAGGGUUCAGGCCUAUCCGAAACCGGAGUUUCAAUGGCAAUACGGCAACAAUCCCUCGCCAUUGACCAUGUCUUCGGAUGGUCACUAUGAAAUUAGUACGAGAAUGGAAAACAAUGACGUGUACACCUCCAUUUUGAGGAUAGCACACUUGCAGCACUCUGAUUACGGAGAAUAUAUUUGCAGAGCUGUAAAUCCUUUGGACAGCAUAAGAGCACCAAUAAGACUGCAACCCAAAGGAUCGCCAGAGAAACCCACCAAUUUAAAGAUCCUCGAAGUUGGUCACAACUAUGCCGUCCUGAACUGGACACCGGGAUUCAAUGGCGGCUUUAUGAGCACCAAAUAUCUGGUGAGCUACAGGAGAGUGGCAACACCCAGGGAACAAACCCUAUCCGAUUGUUCGGGUAAUGGCUAUAUACCCAGCUACCAGAUCAGCAGUUCGUCCAGUAAUUCCAACCACGAAUGGAUCGAAUUCAAUUGCUUUAAGGAGAACCCCUGUAAACUCGCGCCCUUAGAUCAGCAUCAGAGUUAUAUGUUUAAGGUUUAUGCCCUGAAUUCGAAGGGCACCUCUGGAUAUUCGAAUGAGAUAUUGGCCACCACCAAAGUCAGUAAAAUUCCACCGCCUUUGCAUGUUAGCUACGAUCCCAAUUCACAUGUUCUGGGCAUCAACGUGGCCGCCACAUGCCUGUCCCUCAUUGCGGUGGUGGAAUCACUGGUAACCAGGGAUGCCACGGUGCCCAUGUGGGAGAUUGUGGAAACGCUGACAUUGCUACCGUCCGGCAGCGAAACGACCUUCAAGGAGGCCAUCAUCAAUCAUGUGUCGCGUCCAGCCCACUACACCACCGCCACCACAUCCGGAAGGAGCCUUGGAGUGGGUGGUGGCUCCCACCUGGGCGAGGAUCGCACCAUGGCCUUGGCCGAGACCGCGGGUCCCGGUCCAGUGGUGCGGGUCAAACUCUGUCUAAGAUCUAACCACGAGCACUGUGGUGCAUAUGCCAAUGCAGAAAUUGGCAAGUCCUACAUGCCGCACAAAUCCUCCAUGACGACAUCUGCAUUAGUGGCCAUCAUCAUCGCAUCGCUUUCUUUCGUCGUCUUCCUUGGUCUUCUCUACGCUUUCUGUCACUGCCGUAGGAAACACGCCGCCAAAAAGGAGAGUAGCUCAGUAGGAGGAGGAGUGGGAGGAGGCAACGCUAGCGCCACGACUAAUCCAGGAUCUACCGGAGCCAAAGAGUACGACCUCGACUUGGACGCAAGCCGAAGACCGUCGCUAAGUCAGGAUCCACAGCAAUCGCAGCAGCAGCCACCGCCACCACCUCCCUACUACCCCACUGGAACUCUGGACUCCAAGGACAUCGGCACGGGCAACGGCGGUAUGGAGCUCACCCUCACCGCCCUACACGAUCCUGAUGAGCAGCUGAAUAUGCAACAGCAGCAGCACCACAGCAACCACGGCCAGUACCAACAGCCCAAAGCCAUACUGGGUAUCUACGGCGGAGUGGCUGGCUCUGGGGGCAACAAUUCCGGCGGACAGCAUCCACAUUCGAACGGCUACGGCUAUCAUGUGACAAGUGCCAUCGGCGUGGACAGCGACAGCUAUCAAGUGCUGCCCUCCGUUGCCAACUCAGCAGCCGGAUCCCACGGACAUGGCAGUGGACACGGACACGGACUAGGAGCCGGAGAGUCAGGACCACUUGAGGCGACACCACCAACAUGCAACAUCAGCGGCGGCGGCAGCAGCAGCAGCGGCAUUAACCCAAUGCAGCAGCAACAUUCAGCACGCGCCAAUCUAACGAACCAACCCACCAUCGCCACUGCCAGCUCCACCAACAACUACAACAACAACAACCACUUGAACAACACCAACACCCCCCACACCACCAACAACACCAACAACUGCACCACCCUGAAACGCGGCCACUUGGGAAAUAGGGAGAGAGAGCGGGAAAGAUGCCAGGUAACCGCAGCCACGGCGGCAACAACAACGGCACUGGCAACCACCAUAACAACAACAUCUCGCAAUGCCAAGGCAGCAACAACAACAACAACACUAGCCAUUACAGGGUCAAGCAGCAAUUCGAACGAGAAUAACUACAGUAACGCCAGGGAUCUGUCGCAGGAGGCAUUGUGGCGCCUCCAAAUGGCCACCGCCCAGUCGCAGCAGAUUUAUGUGGAGCGACCACCGUCGGCAUUCAGUGGGCUGGUCGACUACAGUGGCUAUUCGCCGCACAUCCCCACGGUGACCAGUUCGCUCAGCCAGCAGAGUUUCAGUCCCACGCAGCAACUAGCGCCCCACGAAAUGCUGCAGGCCGCCCAGCGUUACGGAACUUUGAGGAAAUCCGGAAAACAACCGCCUCUCCCCCCGCAGCGAAAGGAUAUGCAGCAGCAGGCGAAGCCACCUCAGCAAAUGGCGGAUAUAAUACAGGAUUUGGCAAAUUAAACUAAUUGCCAGUUGAGAGACAACAAGAACAAGAGAAAACAAAAAAAAAGGCAACCAAAUACAUUUCGACAUAAGCAUUUGAGUAAGUAAACAUAAAAAAUAUAUAGAUAAAAACACAAGCAAAUAACCAUAAAAUAAAAUGAAAUUUUUAGCUGUUUAAGUGGCGUGAAAAUUGCUUGCAAUGCAAAAAUAACAUGCAAAAUAAAAAAUCCUUGCCUAUUUCGACCAAAAAUCAAGAAAGAGUUCUGUAAAUGUGAACAACCGACAGAAAUACAAAAAAGAAUAGUAACUACAACUCCAAGUAAGUUAAGAAUUAAAAAAGAAAUUCACAAACCCAAAAAUUCCCAAAGGAAAUUUAUGUUCUUUAGCAAGGGAACAAAUUCUCGUAAAAAAUCAAUUUCUUUCUUUCUUAAUUUCAAGUGAGCAUUGAAACAUUUUAUGUUAAUAGGUGGGUACAUUUGUAAUAGACAGUGUUCAGUCGAAAAUUGAAUGCAAUUUUCUGAUUAAACCCAGCUUGUUUUGCUCACCGCUUAUUCUAUUUAUUUUAAAAUAAUAAUGCCAUACAUACUUUUUCAAAACUGUGGCCAAAAUAUUGAGGUUCGUGGCGACAAACUGCAAAACUACCGCCAUAAUAUUCUGGUCAAAUCAUUGUUAAACCGACAGCCAAACACAAAAGCCACCUUUGAGGUUUCUAUGCCUUUUUUUUUUAAAUAUGGAAAUUGUUCUCGUUUAAAUCAAAUAAAAGAGACAAAAUGUCCAUUUAAUUGCUUUUCCGCCCAGUCAGCCCAAAAUGCAAAAUAAACAUGACCAAUAAAAAUCAAACUUCGACACAAUGCGAAAAAGGGGAAAGGUUGGCAAAAGUUUUCGACUCCUCAUUAGCUUUUGUCUCCAUUGGGGCAUUAAAUUGGAACGAAUAUUUGUUUGCUCGGUUCGACUAAUUGCGCUGCUAAUUUCAAUUGUUCGCAUUGUCGGCAAGCAAUAAUAAUGCAAAAAUUGUAAUUACAAAUUAACAAUUGGUCGUCUGGGUCCCUCGGUGACCUAAAAUUAGAUUGUGUAAAUUUGCAAAUUAAUUUGCCAUUGCACAAAGAGCUCCGUGCAAUUCAGCUCGGCAAAAUCAGAGCACACAAUAUCAAUUUAUUUACUGUGCAAUCUGUAAAUAGUAGACAUGGAGUCAUUAAAUUGCAACUGCAAAAAACUUUAAAAUUUAAUACUGCCAGUCAAAAGUCCAAGUGAGUUGCAUUUACAUAUAAAUAGGCUAAAAAAAAUAUCUACACAGCGUCAUACAAGACCGCAAAAAUAUGGAAAUUCAAAUAGAAACAGUAUCUUUUAGAGAAAAAGAGAAAAUCUUUAAAAUAAAAUCAUAAUAGCCGGCAAAUGGAAUAAUCAACAGACAUCAAAACGAAUUCGAAUUAAAUUUUAAACUGCGGAAAGCUUAAAACUGAUUUUGUAAACUACAACUGGCUGAAAAGUUUAUUACAGAUACUUUUAUUUACUUUUCACCUUCAUUUGUGGAAGAUGAUUACCGAAAAAUCAUCAGCCAACUAUAGCAAAACUUUCACCAGACUUGCGAAUGAAACAAAAAUAAUACAGAUAUUGAUUCGUUUUCCUUUCUUUUUUCGCUCUAAAAUUAUAAAAUCGAAAUGGGUUGUAAAACCAAUCAGUUGUACAGAUUCUUUGCUUGCUUUCAAUUGUUAGUAAAACCCUCGAGCACUCAGUGAUAUAGUAAAAAAACACAAAAUAUUCAAUUGCACAGCAAAAUAUAAAAGAUGGGGGAAAUAUCUUUAAUCCAGUACUUGUUUAGCUCCGUUAUGAAAUAUUUGAGUAAUAAAUCCACAUAAUUGAUACAUUUAACAAACAAAAUAAAAACGUAAUAUGUGAACAUUGAAAACGAAAAAUGUAUCAGUAUUUUGUGUGAAGAUUUGCAAGCGGAAGCACGGAAUUUAGUAAAAUAAAAUAAUUUAGUUUUUGAAUGAAAGUUACAUAAAUUUCUCUUAGCAAUAAAAACUACUUAAUGGAUAUUUAAGAUCUAAGGACAUUGUAAAUAGAUAAACAGAGUAAACCAAAGAGUUUAGAUAUUUAAUUUAAAAUAAAUGUGUUUAAAGCAUAAUCUGAAAUAUUUAUUAGAAUAGUGAAUAAUAUCUGGAUUUUUAUGAAUGGAUUUGUGUGGCGUUGAGUAAGAUACAUCUAUAAAUGGUAUUGCUUAUUUAAUUAAUGAUCCUAUUUUUAACUAUGUAUAAAAAAAUUAGUUUUUAAAAUAGUUAAGAAUUUUACUUUAGUCCCCAAACAAACUCAGACCACCCACGCAUUUUUCAAAUAUCCACCUAGAUAUAAACAAAGAUGUACUUGUAAUCCAAAACCAAAUAUGAUCAAAAUAGCCAAUAACUGUAGUCUAAGUCUGCGACUAUGUUAAACUGUCAAUUUUUUCAAAGUUCGUUCUAUAAUUUCCCCUCAAACUAAAUGUAAACUAUUAAAUCUGCUCUCAAAAAAAAAACCGAGAGAACAGAAAUGUUCACGCCAGGCGAUUGAAACAUUUUACUCACCUUUUUAGUGCGAAACCAAAAGUUUAAACUAAUUUUAAUUGUAAACCUAGACAGUAAUGAUAUACGAUAUUAUACAAUGUAAAUCAGAAUAUACGAUAAUUAUAAAGUAAAUAAAAUGAAAUUUAAAACAA